CGCAAAGCGGCUCCGUUGUGCCGUAACAUGUCGUAAUAAAGCCUUUAGUCGUCUAGCAGCCCCUUCUUGCUAAAACACCAAAAGCCUACUGAUCCCAUCCUGCCCUACGCGGAGGACGCUGUGGGCUCCUGGUUAGAAAGCGGGGAGCGGAACUACCAUGGCCCGGCCGGUGGCGCCGGUGCCCAGCUCUCAGAAGGCCUUGAUGCUGGAACUCAAGGGGCUACAGGAAGAGCCGGUGGAGGGGUUCCGGGUCACCCUGGUAGAUGAGGGGGAUCUGUACAACUGGGAGGUGGCAAUCUUUGGCCCCCCAAACACCCUCUAUGAGGGGGGGUACUUCAAGGCCCGCUUAAAAUUUCCAGUUGAUUACCCCUACUCUCCUCCUGCGUUUCGUUUUUUGACAAAGAUGUGGCAUCCUAACAUCUAUGAGAAUGGUGAUGUAUGUAUUUCAAUCCUGCAUCCUCCAGUGGAUGACCCACAAAGUGGAGAGCUACCUUCUGAAAGAUGGAAUCCUACCCAGAAUGUGAGAACAAUCCUGCUUAGUGUCAUCUCCCUGUUGAAUGAGCCUAACACUUUCUCUCCAGCAAAUGUGGAUGCAUCUGUUAUGUACAGAAAAUGGAAGGACAGUAAAGGACGUGAUAAAGAGUACACAGACAUUAUCAGGAAGCAGGUUGUGUCAACUAAGGCUGAUGCUGAACAUGAUGGAGUGAAGGUUCCUACUACUCUGGCUGAAUAUUGUGUAAAGACCAAGGCUCCCGCUCCAGAUGAAGGUUCGGACCUCUUCUAUGAUGACUACUAUGAUGAUGAUGAAAUGGAGGAAGAUGAGGACAGCUGCUAUGAAGGCCAGGAUGACUCUGGCAAUGAGGAAUCUUGACAUUGUUUGUUCUUCCACUAUGCACCUACCACCUCUUGGGCCCCUUGCUCAUUAAUGCAACAUUCAGGAUUUAUUUUUCACCUUUAAUUUACCUGGUCUGCAAGAUACCAUGGACAUGACUGCUAAAGCGUAAUAAAGUCCCCUUAUGUGUAAACAGAGUUCUGGAGUGAAAGGGAGGGUUUUUUUUAUAUCUUCCCUUUUUGCAAAAACGUCUCAAGAGCUGCUGUAGAGAGGGGUGUCUGAACUGCUGCAGUUCAAGCUUGCGCCACAGGUUGGCAGUAGACUUCAGCAAGUCCUGCUGUACUGACUGCCCUUGUUUUCAAUUAUACUGGUUGCAGAGCAGAGCUUGAAUUAAAGGCACUGGUGGGUGGAUAUAUAUUUGGAAGGCUUAUAGAGUGGAUGCUAUAGCUGCAAUGUUUUUUUCUGCUAUUCUGGGCUUGUCACUCACACUGUGCAUUUACUGACUGGAUUUUUUUAUGUGGCAGAUGAUUGGAAGGGAUAGUGGGUUAUUGUGUGACUUUUUCUUUUCAUUUUUGUUUCUCUGCAGGGUUUCUUGUUUGGUUAUUUAAUAAUAAAUUCUGAAAAGUGAAAA